CGAAUUCACGAAUAUUAUAGAUUAAACUGCAGAGCGUGUUGUAUCUGCACAUAUUAGCCUACAUAUAAUAAUCAUAUAUUACAAUGCAUGCAUGCGAUUCAAAAUAGUGACUUUUUAUUCUUCCAUAACUGGAAAAGCACAGCUUCGUGUUUUGGGUGCCCUGCGAAGGAACUUUCGUUUUCGUGUAAACAGUGUUUGCUUUCGGUUUCUCGCCGAAAGCGACCCGUAAGUUUCGGUUCAUUACAAUGUGUUAUAUAAUAAACCUGUGGAUGAAAUUUAAUCGUGAUCUCCAUCGCGGGACAUUCUGGUGUAAAUAUGAGCAGACGUGUGCUCGGCUGUCUGGGCCAGUGCUCCUCUCGGGUCUUCGCCAUCGAGACGGACCCGAAAGUCGAUCCCGUGUAUUUUUCUCUUAUUAAAAACCCACCGACAGACGCAGAGAUGCCGGCGUUUCAAGAAAUAUUCGGGAGAGAAAAGAGCUACUCUUUCCAGGUCUGUGUCGAAGACAGGAUCCAAAGAGCUCUUCUCCACGACGACCUACGGCACCAGUUAAUUUCGGGGUUUGGAGGAGAUGUCAAAGUGUUUGAAAUGUCCUCCUUUCGUCCUAAUGCGCAAAACUCUCUGGUCAAAGGUUUUUUCGUGAAUGGCGUGUGUGGCACGCCGGAGACGGACCAAACUCUCAGCAAACUGCUGCAAAGCAACCGACUGGCCGUGUGUACCUACGUCCCCGGGGACGCAGUCGGCCGGUGGUGCCAGGAGCCGCUGCGUCCCGCAAAGGAUGGCGCGGCGGCCGCGGCUGGCAGGUACGGCGUGGUACCGGUCCCCAGUCCAGACCAUCACCCAUCAGCGCUGGAUAUUAUAAACUCCAGCGUCUUCUACAACUUCAUAGAAGCCCACAAUGUUAUGGCCGAGUGUGCUCACGUCAUUACGGAAGCGAAGCAUGUGCUGCAGCGUGUGGAUCAGACAUUGCCGAUGAGGACUACGGACCGCUUCCCAGUGAUUGUCAUUGAAGGACUGGAUGCAACAGGGAAAACCACCUUGACAGAGUCCCUGAAACAGUCCCUCGGGGGAGUCCUGCUGCGUUCCCCCCCGCCCUGCCUCAGCCCGUGGAGAGCCUGCUUCGACGCCAAACCCGCCCUUUUCCGGCGGGCGUUUUACGCCCUGGGGAAUUACGUCACCGCCGCCCACAUCUCCGCGGAGUCAGCUCGGGCUCCGGUUAUUGUCGACAGGUACUGGCACAGCACGGCGGCCUAUGGCAUCGGCACGUCCGUCAGCGGCAAGGUGGGCAAUCUGCCACCCCGGGGGUCUGAGGUGUACCGCUGGCCAGGAGACCUGCUGCGGCCUGACCUGGUCCUGCUGCUGACCGUCAGCCCUGAGGAGCGGCUGAGGAGGAUCAGGGGGAGGGGCGGGGAGAAGACCCGCGAGGAGGUGGAGCUGGAGGCCAACCAGCUGUUCCGCAGCAAAGUGGAGGAGGCCUACAGGAGGAUGGAGGACCCAGCCUGCGUGGUUGUGGAUGCCAGCCCUUCUGCAGCAGAAGUCCUGCAACAAGUGCUGCUUGUAAUUAAGGAGAAAGUGCACGUGCAGGGGAGCCUGUAGUACAUGGAUCUGCAGAGACAGGCUGCGAUACUCUAUUUGGCCAGCAGGUGGCAGCACAACACCACAGAACUGGUUCUCCGGCCCCUUCGCCUCAUUCCAGACCCCUCCCAUCCCCGGCAGGAGAACCAGGUUGCGGCAGCGGCGUGACUGGUGUGUCGGGGCAAAUUCUAAGACAUGCCGCUGCAUUUCUGAUGUCCUACAUGACACAGAGCUGGAACGUGAUAACAGUCCCUGGGCUCUGAGUGUCAACACUGGCACACUAGAGCAGUGAUCUGUCCCCGGUUGAAGUUCAAGGAACGAGGAAUUGCGUUCACUUGCAGGUUAUGUGUGAAUUUAAUUUUAUUUUAUCAGUUUGGGAUCUUUCAUCAAGACACUCAAGUUCAAUAAACAGUAAAAUCAC